AUGGCGGCGCCUGCCGACGCCCCUGACGACGAACUGGAUGAGUUAAACGCCAGCCACUUAAAGUUCCAGAUGGUGGAGACGGAGGCGAGGCCGAAGGCCACUCUCCUGGAGGAGACGAAGCGACUCUCGAACAGGCUUGCAACUGAUUUUGGGGACGACUGGGCGGGCAUGGACAUCGUGAAGAAGGAUGCUCUAGCCAUCGUCGCCCUUUACGUCGACUUGGGCAUGACCUGGGACCCAAAGAGGGCUUGGCUCGCCGUCGAUUCGAUGCCUCAGCGCCUGGUCAUCCGCAUGGAGCAGGCGAUGACGGCUGCUAAAUUUGUGUUGAGCGAGGCAGCGAAAGCAGAGGUGGAACGAACGUGGGGGAGCGUCAUUCCCUUCUUGAAGAACUUCCAGCAGUGGGCGAACUUCGCCCCCGUGGAAGAUUUCGAACUACGCAGCGCGAAGCACUGGGCAACGGCAGCGGCGUACUCGCUCUCCAACAUGCCCUGGCACUUCGUGAAUGCCGCGAAGGGGCCUGGCGCGUUGAAGGCGCAUGCCGAAUUCUACCAGCAGGACCGCCCAGUCACGGGGCACGUUCUACUAUGCUUUACCAAUGCAUGCGCCAAGAUCUCCACGCCCACGGGGAACGCGCCUGAAGCUGGUAGCAUACAGCGCAUCCAGAAGCCCGCGGGCAACAAUUGCUACAUCCACAUGAAAUGCAAGCUGGGCAACCACUUGACCUACAAACCGCCCGAGGACGAGCGGAAGAAGUUCAAGAUGGCAUUGACGACUGCGUUCGCGGGGAACCCCGAGGGCCGUCGCAUGGUCUACGCCAACGACAUUCUCGGCCUUCUGGGGAAGCAAGAUACGCACGUUUGCUUGUGCCACACAGGGAGUGGCGGCAAUUCCAAAUCUUUGAUCCCAGCCCUCCGCCACAACGUCUUCUCGGACACCCGCAAGUACAUCCCCUCCACGUGCUUCGAGAACGAGGAGGAGCACCGCAAGCAGGGCAUCAACGUUGCGUUCUGCCGAGCCGCUACCAUGCAGGAGGCGUCCACGACGACGGUGGCGCGUAGCGGUUUACUGAAGAACAUGUUCUCGGGCGGAGAGUUCCCCGCGAGGCCGAACUGCGGCAAGGUCGCGCUCAUGGUCAAUUUGCGGACCACUGCUUUCAAUUGGGAGUGCAACGAGGCUCCGCGCGUGAAUGUCCCCCACACGAGCAAACUGGACUCAAUGACUAGGCGGCCGAGGGUAGUGGGCUACUUCGCCACCUUCGAGGCAAACCCUGCGAAGGUGAAUGUCCUGGAGAAGUGGUUUCAAGACGACCCGACCGUGUUUGAGCUGUUCACGUCGCCCAUGGGGAUGGACAUUGACUUGCACGACGAGUUGUUUCUUUCCUUGAACAAGUACGGCAUCGACAGGGCGCGGGGGUAUCUGUCGCAGCCGUCAGAGCACCAGCUCAAGAGAGCGCAGGCGUUCGUGGCCGAUAUGGUCGGCGCGACUGCCCCAUGGGAGAACCCAGCGGACGCCCCUGAAACUUCGAGUUCGAGCUUGCUGCUGAAGAUCCACAAAUCGACAGAGGCCAGGGAAUCGUUCGUGAAGUCCUACAUCAUUAAGAAGCUCGCCUGCAUCCCUGGCAACCAGACGGACGAGGGGGCCGCUGAAAAGCCGCCCAGGCUGGACAACAUGAAGAAGGCUGUCUCAGAUCACCCUUAUCUGUUCCGCUGGAACGCGGCGCAGGCUGGCUUCCAGCGCCUCUCAUUGGACGCGCAGCGUUUCGAUUCGAUGGCUGCGCCGCAUGGCAUGCCCACGUACUGCGGAUACACCGUCGUCUUCGGCUUGAUGGAUGCAUUGCAGGACGCCGAGGCAUACGAGCCCAACUUCGCAGAGCUGGCUGUCCAGGCGAACAACAGGCUCAUGUACCCCGUGGUGCCCACGCAGAUGGCGGAGGAUGAGGUCAAGGGAACUUACGAAGAAGUCGUGCGGGACCUGGUCGCCCUGCAGAGCCGCUUCGAGAACCUUGGGAACUCCCGGCAUGAGAAGGAAGAGAAGGCCAAGCUCAAGAAAUACAUUUCAUACGUGCGCACGCACGGCAGGGAUGACGAGCGCUCUCCAGGCGGCAAAGUGAUCGACGUGACGUACGUCCAGCGCGCUGGGCGGAUGUUCACAGUCGGCCCAUCCCAGCAGGGGCUGUCGAACCAGGCGCGCGCGAUCGCUGGCGGUGGCAAAACGUUCGACGUGGACUUCGUGGCAUCAGUCUUGUCCGUUAUCAAAGCCAUCUCCGAGACGGGCGACGUGUCCCCGCCUGACCAGAUCGCGAAGAUCGCGACUGACCCCGACGCCAAGCGCGCG